GGACAAGCGCGCGGAGCCGGGCGCACGCGCACGCGCACACGCACCGGCUCGCCGGGGGCCGGAAGAGCCGAGCGGCCGGGCGGCAGCUGCGGGCGCCAGAAGGCGCGCGGCUGCGGGGAGAGCGCGGGCUGCGGGAUGGGGCCCCCGGAGAGCGCGGCGGAGCUUGCAGCCGAGGCGGUGGAGCUGCGCGAGCCCGAGCUGCAGCUCGCGGACCCGGCGUCCCCCGGCGAGGAGCACGUGGACGUCGAGGCGGAGGGCGCCCCUGGCCGCGGCAGGUGCUGGCCGUGUGGAGCCUGGGCGUGCGGCUCGCGUGGGGAGCCCGAAGCCAAGAAGAAAGCACCCUGCCCCGGACUUGGCUUGUUUUACACGGUGUUGUCUGCCUUCCUUUUCUCAGUGGCCUCUUUAUUUGUUAAAAAAGUGCAAGGCGUCCAUGCUGUAGAGAUCAGUGCGUUUCGAUGCGUGGUCCAAAUGCUAGUUAUUAUCCCUUGCUUAAUAUACAGAAAAACGGGGUUCAUAGGUCCCAAAGGCCAGCGACUCUUCCUCUUCCUCAGAGGGGUCUUUGGUUCCAGUGCCAUGAUCCUCAUGUAUUAUGCGUUCCAGACAACGUCCCUCGCAGACGCCACAGUUAUUGCGUUUAGCUGUCCCGUGUUUACGUCCAUAUUUGCUUGGAUAUUUCUCAAGGAAAAGUAUAGCCUCUGGGAUGCUUUCUUCACCUUGUUUGCAAUCGCUGGAGUGAUACUUAUCGUGAGACCACCAUUUAUAUUUGGUUCCGACACUUCAGGGAUGAGAGAAAGCUAUUCAGAGCACAUUAAGGGGACGUUUGCUGCGAUCGGACACGCUGUGCUAGCUGCGAUCACUCUGGUUAUUCUGAGGAAAAUGGGAAAAUCUGUGGACUACUUUCUGAGCAUCUGGUACUAUGUCAUACUUGGCCUUCCCGAAGCCAUCAUCAUCCUCUUUGUCAUAGGAGAGUGGAGUCUGCCCUACUGUGGGCUGGACAGGCUGUUUCUCAUACUCAUUGGACUCCUAGGUUUGGGGGGUCAGAUAUUUAUCACUAAAGCAGUUCAAAUAGAAAAAGCAGGACUCGUAGCGAUAAUGAAGACCAUGGAUAUAGUCUUUGCUUUCAUCUUUCAGAUUGCUUUCUUUGAUAAUGUACCAACUUGGUGGACGGUGGGUGGGGCCCUCUGUGUGGUGGUCAGCACCACUGGAGCAACCAUUCGUCGAUGGCUGCAGGGUUCCAAAUGAAGUGUCACUGCUGAAACCUGGUUUUUAUUUUCAAGUGUGCUGUCACCUAGCUCAGACAUCUUGCACACCCACACACAUACCUGGAGAAUCUUCAUCACUCAUUGGCUUUCUUUAAUACCUUUCAUAAAGUGCCAUUUUUAAACAUAGUGCGUUUUUAGUUAAGAGUAGCUAGCUAGCCGGGCGUGUUGGCGCACGCCUUUAAUCCCAGCACUCGGGAGGCAGAGGCAGGCGGAUUUCUGAGUUUGAGGCCAGCCUGGUCUACAAAGUGAGUUCCAGGACAGCCAAGGCUACACAGAGAAGCCCUGUCUCGAAAAACAAAAACAAAAAAGAGUAGCUAGCUAGGCUAGCCUCACAGUCUGGAUAGCUUUUAUCUUUGCUUUGGCUCCUUGGUUGGGUUACCAUUGAUGAGAAGGGAGCUCAUUUGAGGAAUUUCAGAAAUUUUUAUGAGUACAAUUUUUAAAAUUUAUUUCUGACCCGGGAUGUGGAUGGGAGAUCCUCUAUUUUAGCAGUGCACAUAAGAAGCUCAACGUUGACAAUGCUGCUCUAGUUAGUACUGUGCUAAUCUGUUGAUUGCAAUAUCAUCCCACUUAGGAUGCCAAAGCUGCAACUUGGUCUAGGUGCCUACCUACCCAUAGGAGUAUAAGCGAACCAGCCUUAUUCUCAAGGAUCUUAGAGAUGAUUACUACACUUUUAACUCAUGUGUGCCUUUUCGUUUUGAUGCUGGGACUUUUUAUAUGUACUCUGAACAGAGCCUUCAGCUUGCCACAUGUGGUUAGCAGUUCUCUCUUUCAGAAUAUUAACAACUCUGGCUAUCAUUUUGAAUUUCAGUUGUCUCCUGUUUUAUUGAAAUUGCACUUUUUUUUUAACAUUCCGAGAUUUCCAACCUUGAAAUCAUGAGAGCAAAAUCUUGGCGUGAUCAGUGUGUACAUUCCCAUCCUGAGGUGAUUUCACUUCAGAUGCGGUGGUUUUUCUACAAAUUCUCUUUGAAUUCAUAGUGUGAUGCCAAAUACAAUUUUUUUCUCAGGAUUGUACUAGGCUGGGCCAUUAUCAGAUUGCCCAGAUUCUACCGUUUUCAUUUUCAAAACCCACAGUUCUAGAAGGUUCAUCCCGCAGGCUCCCUUCGCAUUAAACCAAAUAUUUAUACCUUUACAGUACAUGUCUGUUAAUAAACGUACAGUCUUUUUCCAUCUUGGAAUGGUAUGUUAUAAUGCUUGUGGCAUACGAAAAAUGUAAAGACUUGUUACUCCAUAGUUGAUUGGUUUUCCCAGUCUUUUGCAUAUACGGAAAGAACACAGGUACAAGCCAGUCUUUGACACACAAUCCUAGUGUGAACUUAGACAGUAGAUUCUAUCUGUGGAGCACCAGCAGGCCAGUACUCCUCUGUGAAAGAGGAAAACUUGGUAGAUUGGGAGUAAAUGACCAUGCGUCUUUGGGGCGCUUUGGAUGCCUUUAUGGUGAGGCCAUUGUGGCUGCCACCUCUUACUUUGUCAGACACUGUCUACUGUUAUCAUUAGCUGCAGACUUGAGGGGCUAUUGCUCUCUCCCACACUCCUCACAGCUCUUCUGGAGGAAGGGACUGGUCUCCUGGAUCUUACAUUUAGCUAUGAAAGGAUCUUCUCCAGUAGUUCCUAAGAGGAACUUUGAGUUUGGUGGUUUUAAAUCACCUUAGCCACCUGACAUCCUACAUAUGUACUUAGCUGAAUCACCUCAGUUGCAUUUGACCCCGCAUAGAUCUGCCAAUGGUGCCGUUCUACCAACAUCCUAGAAAACACAGAGUCAGCAGACUCUUAGUACUCUGGAGGGGUCUUAGAGGGCAUCCUGAGGGAUGACGGGAGGGAGGGCUGCAAUAGCUGGUUUCCAUAGCAGCCUCCUCUUACUGAGUUCCACUCCUGGAGUACCACCAAACUUACACAAUAGAAGAGUGUCUGGGAUAGUGGAAGAUAACCCCUUUGGAAAUACAUUAUAUUUCAACUGUGUCUUAAGUACAUGGAUGUCAGGAUAUGUGGCUGACAUUGGAGACAAUGUUUCUUAUACCAACCUUUACAGGGUAUGAUUUUUAAACAAUGUUCAAGUGGUAUACAAGGCUAUGUAUUGUAACAAUUACGGGGGUUUAUGUAUUUUCCAAAGAUUGUAGUUUCUAUAUCUUGCAAAGGGAAAUAUUUUUUUCCUAAUGUGUUUUUAUUUUGUAAGUAAUAAAAUCAUAAAAGAAAGAUGUUGGGUUUUACAACU